GUCAUUUGCAUUUGAUAAAGAGAAACGCAAAUUUUUCCAAUGCAUGUUCAAAUAGUUUCAUAAUAAAAAUGUUCAACAAAGGAAAACCAUUGACCAACAGCAAAAACAAAGCUGUGCUUCAAAAUCCACUAAGAAUCGCGAAUAGCAACGACUCGUAGGCAAAACUUAAUCUUGUUGGGUCAUAACGAAGUAUGGAAGAAAUUUUAUCCUUACAUUGUAGUUGGUAUAUCAACAUGAAAGUGAAUGUGCUCCAAUCGUGCUGUUUUAGUUUGCUUUUGUGUCUAUGGUAACAAGAAUUUGAGACAGGACUAUAUAGCGGGGUCGAAUUACUUAUGAAAACCACCUUUCCAUAGUACGUUUUGGAAGAUUUUGAUGUGGAAAGAUAACAGAAAAGAUAAGAUCUGCAACAAGGAUUGUAACAUGGUAAGGUUGAAGAUUGUGGGUUUUUUACCUGAGCUGAUAGUGACAUGGAAUUGGAACAACUAAAAGGAGGAGAAACUCAUGGACAAUCCGGGCAGGAACUGUAAAUUAGGACUAUUUGUGCAGGAAUUGUAUUUGCAAAAAUAUCGCAUUGGUGUUUGAUGGACUAUUACAUCGAUUUCCUUGAAUUGAACUCCCAAUGCAGUGAGCACUUUGGGCUUUUACAGUCGCGAUAUUCUCAGACAUGCCACGUGGGAACAAAGAGCGAGUCGAUUCUGGAUUAGAAUCGGGCGAGAAGUCGCACAACGUUCACUCUGCUAAUUAUAAACACGGAGAAGUAUUGAAAAAGGAGUUACAGUCUUUGAACAGAGAGGAGAAGAAUACAGCAUGCAGCAUAACGAUUGAACAGCGGAUCGUUACGACGAGGUUUCGUAACAGGUUAGCGCGCAGCGUCGAACUUAUGAAACAUCACGAAAAAAUGCGAUCUAGAUUUCAUCACAAGGAGCAGCAGCAGAAUGGAGAAACGAGCAUAGGCAAAAUUAACGCUAUGCAACGGCAAAAUCGAAAUUCUGUAACCAAGGGAAAGCUGAGAGCUCGACCUAGAUCUUCCAACGAUGCCUCAGAUCAAAAAGAAUUCUCGCUUAAACGGUUCACAGAUCUCGGAGCAUUAAAAAACCGUCCGCAAACAGCAGUCGAAGCGCAAUCAAAGCUCUGGAUUAAACGCGCAGAAACUGCAAAAGACCGUGUAGUACGCGCAAAAAGUGCGCCACCUUCUUCUUGGCGAAACUGCGAGGACAUUAUGCGAAAAUUGAAUAGCGGAGGGGGUGGUUUUUACGCGGCAAAUAAAGUGCACAGACCAUUGUCUAGAGCAAAAUUCCACGAGGUUUUUGAUUCGGAUAGUUAUAAAAAAUUUCGGGAAGAGGAACUUAAAAUGCAGGAAGAGGAAGUGUUAUCAUUUAUCGAGUCUGUUAAGGAACUAAAGCUUGUACCAUGGUACCCUGGGCCUGUUGACAAAAAAGACGAGACGUUUCCAAUGGAAACAUCAGAAAUCGAUCGCUCAAAGUUCAAAGGAUUUGUAACAAGAAUAGACAGCUAUUUCUAGUAAUCAAUUUUAAAUGGACAGUAUAGAAAAGGAAAGUGUUAAGGCUCACGCGAAGGAGUGUACUCUAAAACGAACACAAAGGGCUCGGUCCAGAAGCGAGACCGCCCUGUCGAGAUUGCUUCAAGAACACUCCCUUGGGGGAGGGGGUGGAUGGGGGAAGGGGGGUGGAUGGCUGACAUGCCCAUUUUAUAAUUUGAUACCAAGCUCUGAGAACAAUAACUGUCAGGGGCACGGAGUUUAGGGGGCAGGGUGUUUUAUAGAAUAUCCAAGAAAUUCAGCAGUAUUGUUUGUGCAUUAUUUAUGCCCUUUGAAUUAUUUAGUAACAAAGUUUGCCUUCCAAUUAUAAUUCGUUGCAAAAUAGAACUUCCAUAGAGUACCCAGAUGCACAGAAGUUCGGACUGGGGAGUCAAGGGGGCAAAUUCCGAAACUGAAGUAAAAUGCCUAUUUAUAGAAAUGCGAGCAGACUCUACUUGCGCAGUAGAGGAUCGAUAAUGAAAUUGGUGUUUGCGCUCCUCCACUGCACAAGUAAAUUCCGCACGCAGAUUAACUAUUUGUAAUUCGAGGAGGUGCUCCUUUUUAGCCCUCCAUUGUUAUUGGGACUUACGUCCAGAUAGGGGAGUCUUUGUGUUCAUUUCAUUUAGUAGAACUAGUUAUUUUAUUGACAUUUAUUUAGUUAUUUUGUUAAGGCCUAUUUACUAAAUAUCUAGGAUGGAUUGCAACGCAAUGUCUACGUGCCGUGAAUGGGAUUUGGAUCUUUCCAUCACCCUUAAAGAAAUCGUUAGUAGUGUCCCUUGCUUACUUAUAAGCGCACUAGCAUUGGUAUGAAUAAUAUCCCUCACUUACCAAAGUAGAAGCGUUGAAAAUUCUAGCUGGCCUUGGGUUCAUUGUAUUAGUUAUGGCUCAGCGUAGACCUCAAAGUCCGGUCAUUUUGUAAUAACGUAAAUAAGUUAAACAAUGCUAGAUAUUUCAAUAAUUAGUUAUACACACAUUCAAAUGCUUAGGUAAAAAGAUACAAUACCAUCUCUCAGGUAUUUUUAGAUAAAUAUAGUUUUGAGUUUGCGAAAUUAUAGCAGGCAAUUCUAACGAAGUUUUGCAUGUUUUCUGUGGAUGCUUUCUAAAAGCAACUUUAAAACUUGCUAUAUCAUACUUCAAUGAAUAUUUAUGAUAUCUAUCUACUUUAUCGUGUUUCUUAUUCUUUUUGAAAAAUAAGUCACUAAAGCUAUAUUUAUAAUAUGCAACGUUUCAUUGUCAUGUUAACUAAGGUCAACUUUCAAUAUCUUUGACCACAUGUGCCGCACCCCCUCCCCCCCCAACUUUUGAAAUGCAUGCUUAGUCUAUGCAUGCGACACCCACUUAUAAAAAAAAGUUCAGUAAACUUUGCUUUUACUUGCAAUUAUUGCAUAAAGCAUCUUUUAGCACCCACAGUGAAAAAUUAGCUAGAUUUUGUAUGAGAACAACAUAAUUAAAGCUAUAAAAUGUCAUGCAAAUUCUUACGAAAAUAAAACUGUGCGGAAUAGGGUUGGAGAGGGAGGGCCAGUGAUGUAAUCCACGGUGUGCACCUUUAAGCCCAAAACUAAGGGCCCCCAAACACUUGGGCUUUGAGAGGGCCCCCAAGACGUUUCUCAAGAAAAUUUUUUAAUAUAAGUCAUAUAAGCAAUUGUACCUAUGAGUAACCCCUUCUGCUUAGAAGCAGAUGAUGAAACAGUAUAAAAACCACAGCCCUAGGAAUUUCUUGGGGGUAACCGCCCCUUGGCCAAGACCGUUUUGCACGGCUCUGUCCACAACAUUAGUAUUUAUGAUGUAUUGAUUUAUUCAGGGCUUUUUCUAAGAAAAUUUAAAGCUGCACAUUUUUCUUGGAAGCACUGUGUUGAAGGAAUAAUUAUUGGUUCUUAUAAGCAUUUAAAAAAUGUAAUGAUGCGCAGGUAAAGGCAGCUUCUGCUCUAGACCAAUGUCGCAGCCAGGGUUGAAAGAUUGGAGGAGCAAAAGAGGAGUCCGACAGCAGAGGGUCCAGGGCUUUGCCCCCGGGAAUUUCUAAAGAUCGUGAAAGACUUUUCUAUAUCAAGCCUAUAAAGAGGGGAAAUUGUAAACCAUUGAGUAGAGGCACGGACAAGGGUCCCCUGCGAGCGAAGCGAGCAGAAAAUUUUUGCAACCACGCCCUUUAGAUUGGCUUAAAAUAUUGCUUACAGUCUUUUGCUUGCAGUCUUUAAAACAUUUCAAUUUUGUCUGAAAUAUCAACUCUCGCCCCCCUGAGAUCGCCCCCCCCAAAAAAAUUGUGUUCAUGGAGCGACAUUUAAUAGAGAUGUAAAAUUUAAUGCUUUAAAAACUUUAAAAUCAUAUAUUAGGCAGAAACCGAAAAACCGAGUCAAAAUACGGGCAAAACCGCGUAACCGUUAAACCCAUACACCCCCUCUUUAUAUGGUAUAAACAGUGCGAUUGCUAGCUUUUUCGCUCUAGGGAGGUAGUCAGGCCUCGUUUCCCAACAAAGUGAGUGAGACAACCUUCAUCUGAUUACAGGUUUGAAUAUUCGCUGAAAAAGCACCCAUUUUUGAGAUAUAACUUUGUCCAAAAUCGGAUUUUACAACCUCAGCUUGUUUUUAAUUUGUUCUUAGCUUUUGACCAAUUUUGAGGCGUGUGUUCUUAUAAUUAAAAAAAUUUCUCAUAAAAAAGAG